CCAGUUGGUGGCGAUAAUGUGCCGGUUUCGUGUUUGGCAACCACAAAUAAACCCUGAAGAAGAAGAACGUCGAUGAUUCUUUCGUUUCCGGGUCAGUCUUUCUUUCCUGUCGGCCAUUUGUCGUAUACGAUUUGUCGGCGACCGCCUCAUUCAUCUGUCAACAUGCAGAACGACGCUGGUGAAUUUGUGGACCUCUAUGUCCCUCGUAAAUGCUCUGCUAGCAACAGGAUUAUUGGAGCCAAAGACCAUGCCUCCAUCCAGCUCAACAUUGCCGAAGUCGACAAGGUGACCGGUCGCUUCAAUGGCCAGUUCAAGACCUACGCCAUCUGUGGAGCUAUUCGCAGAAUGGGCGAGUCUGACGAUGCAAUCUUGAGGCUGUCAAAGAAUGACUCCAUAGUUGCAAAGAACCUCUGAGUCAGAUGUGCUGUGGGCGCCUUGUAAAAUAAAAUGGACAAAAAGAAAAA